CGAGAUUCCAUCUCCUCCCUUUGCUAUCUCCUCCCUUUGCUACCCCAGCCGCCGCUCUCGACGCUGUCGGCCCGUGCGGCGCCCUCCAGUCCUCCACGCUCCCCUGCCCAACUGCAGCUCGAGUCCAGCUGGUGGGGCAGCACCCUCCCUUCCCACGACUUCUCUGUUCGUUCUCUCGGCCUCGGUCUUCCUUUCCUAGCGGCGAUGACAGGGCGAGUUGCGCUGCCCGUUGUUCAUCGAGCGAUGGGGGCUUCGCCGGCGACGAACAUCCGACAAGGACAGAAUACGCAGGAGAGGAGCAUCGGCAGGCAAGACUCCAGGCAACCGGCGCCAAUGUUGGGCCCUUCUGAACGCCAGCUCCCGAAGCGACGCCGACGGAUGGCUUCCGUUGGCAGUGGGCUUCCUGAGGAUAUACUCUCCUUCGAAAUUCUGGUACUACUUCCGGUAAAGUGCCUUGUGCGCCUCCAAUUGGUGUGCAAGCUGUGGCGUGCAACCAUAACCAGCACUCAUUUUGCCCACCGUCACCUCGAGCGUUCGAGAUCCAAAUUCUCUUUUCUCCUGAUGCCCCGGAGGGAUAACGAGGACUACAGCUAUGGCAUUAAGGGUGUGUCUAUCUUCAGCUUUGAGCCGGAGCAGCUCCCUACCAAGAUCGCCCCGUUCCUAAUGCACAAGGGAUUGAGGAUGCCGAUGUUCACCUUGCCUUUGCACUGCGACGGGCUCAUUCUGAUCCCUUGCUUGUUCGGAAGGAUAUUUGUGUGCAAUCCUGCAACAAGGGAGUUUGUCCAGCUUCCACCGGGAAGCGGCCAUAUAUCACUCCAGUGUAGGGUCGCCUUUGGGUUCGACCCCUCAAGUGGCAAGUAUAAGGUGGCCAGGCAUUUCUUUCGCUCAUGUAGCGAAACCAUUGACGCCGCUGGAAAGAGCACAGUUGUGGAGCACGACGCCGGGCAUGAGGUCUUAACCCUAGGUGGUGAUGAUCAAGAGAGUUUGAGUUGGAGGGCCACUGUGGACCCACCUUACCCCAUCAUUGCUAGGACUCCUGCUUGUCUACCAGGGUUCUUCUACUGGAGUGCUCUUCACUCCUUGACCGGCCAUGGUGAUGACAAGGUCAGGUCACAUGUUAUCCUCAGAUUUAAUUUGCGCGAUGAAACCUUCACCGUGCACCCCAAUCCACCAUGCAGGGGCUUUCGAAGCACAUAUGACAUGCUAUGCGAGAUUGGUGGAAAGUUAGGCUAUAUCUACUCAAACUCACAGCGGGAUGCAGAAAUUUGGUUGGCGGAGGAUGAUGGAAAAGAUCUCGCAUGGUCACUGCGCUGUCGCAUCUGCUUGCCCGUGCCAAGGCAGAUUAGGCUUCAUUGUUGCCCUUCGGCUGACCAGGACAAGGUAUUCCUCUCGGUUGAUACAUCUCAUCUUUUCAAGUGCAACUUGCGUGAUGGAACUCUAGAAGAAAUUGUUGAUAUGGCACGCAAGAUGAAGUAUGCGGACCAUGAAGGAAAGCUAUUUACUAGCGGUGAGCUCCUUGUUUCUCACUAUAUGCUCCGGUGUGUAGAAUCGCUGUUGCGUAUCAGCCCGUCAGAAAAUGAACAAUUAGCAUGUACUUCGUAAACGAGCAGUUUGGUUGUGUGUGAUCAAAUGUACUAUAUUCCCCAACUUAGGGUUGCUGUCUCAGUUGAACACUACUAUCAGUUGUGCUUUAUUUAUGUUAUCAAAUCUUUUACUGUUAUUGUA